GGUGGCCAACAUAACCUCAAAACUGGAGGAAGCUGAGCGAAAAUCCUUCACUAUAUCUUUUAGAUUUAAUCGAAUUAAUAAUGGCUAGCGGCUUAGAAAGUUUCGUAAAUCACACUGUUUCCAUCAUCACGUACGAUGGUCGAAACUUUAUUGGAACUCUGAAAGGAUUUGAUCAGACGAUUAAUUUAAUUUUGGAUGAAUCACAUGAACGAGUUUAUAGUACAACACGAGGCGUUGAUCAAGUUGUUUUAGGACUACACAUUAUUCGAGGCGAUAAUGUUGCAAUCGUGGGUGAGCUGGACGAUGAGGUAGAUGCCCGACUGGAUCUCGCGGCCAUUCGUGCAGAGCCCUUGACUGCGGUAACGCACUAAAAUCAACUGCAGACCUCAUCUUCUGAUAAAAUCUAGCCGAAUUAUUUGAAAACCCUUUAUGUUAAUUAACCACAAACAAAACUCAUUUUGUAGUUUCCAAUUUAAAAAAAAAAAAAAGAA